AUGUUCCUAAGUCCCGUUGCUGAAGACAGAGGUGGUGUUGAAGAAGACUUUGAGAAUUAUGUCAAUUUUCUCGCCCGAUUGAGAAAGCGCCUCAAUUCUUCUGGUCACAAAUAUGGGCUGACCUUGACACUGCCCGCGUCGUACUGGUAUCUUAAAGGAUUCGACAUUGUCAACAUGGAGAAGUAUCUUGACUGGUUCAACAUGAUGACCUACGAUAUCCAUGGUGUCUGGGACGAGAACAUUGAGUCUCUGGGUCCUUACGCACAUGCCCAUACCAACCUUACCGAGAUCCAGCAAGGUCUCGAACUUCUGUGGAGAAACAACAUCAAUCCCGAACGGGUCGUUAUGGGGCUUGGCUUCUACGGUCGAAGCUUCACCAUGAAGAGCUCUGAUUGUCUCGACGCUGGUUGUGAGUUCAGCUCAGGUGCCAAAGGCGGCGAGUGCACCGGGACCAAGGGCGUCCUCUCAGCGAGUGAGAUCAAUAAGAUCAUCAAGAACGGAGGCAAGAUGAAGCUUGACGAGGAAGCUGCCGUUCAGAUCGUGACUUGGGACUCGAACCAGUGGGUUUCUUGGGAUGAUGCCAAGACGCUCAAGAAGAAGGUUGACUACGCUAAUGAGAAUUGUCUUGGAGGGACCAUGGUCUGGGCCAUCGACCUGGAUGACGGAACUCUUAUUGAGGCUCUCGGGAAGGGUAUCAAGAGGAAGAAGUCCACGAUUAGCCAGCCACAGAAGGCGGUAACCUGUUUUGGAUCUGGCAAUUUGGGUAAAGAUGAGUUGUAA